AUGUCCAGCACAGAUUCAGAUAAGGUUGAUAAGGUAUUGGGAUGGCUCGAGAAGAAUGCAUUCUGGAAUGCUGAUAUUUUGAGUGUAGGAAAAUCGAGUACUACUAGUGGAGUCGGUGUAUUUCUCAAUAUUGAUAAUAGUGAAGAGGAAGAUAAUUUACUACUUCGGAUUCCUAAGGCCAAUAUUUUAUCGUCUAAGAACACUUUCAUUUGCAACUUGCUCAAUGACUUUAACGAGUUGCAUUCAAGCAAUCCAGAUGUAAAUUUGACUAAGGGCAUGCACAGUGUGGUGAUUUCGUUCAUCUACGAAUUAUCUGCUGGCAAAAAUUCGCCAUGGUUUGAUUAUGUUUCCACUAUCGACCCAAAACAGGAAAACAACGAGUUUUCCAAUGUUCCGAUUUGUUUGUGGACGGACGAAGAGAAGGAGAUGCUAAAAAACACCGAAUGUGAUUUGUUAGGGAUGCUAAAUAGUGACGAAUUGGUUCAAUUUUACAUUGAGUGCAUUCGUUUUGCUCAUAUCAACAAAAAAUACGCUGGUAUGCCCGAGAUAUUUGAUUUGCAGUUACAUUCAAAGAACAAUGAAUUGGAAUCGUAUUUAAUGAGUAAUCAUUUCGAUAAAGUGGUUUCAUUUGCAAAAUACGUCCAAACGGUCAUAUCCAGAGCAUUUGCAGUUGAUGAAUUCCACGGGCUCUCUUUGGUUCCUGGAGCAGAUUUAUAUAAUCACAUUGUUCCUGUUAUGAAACAGGAAGAUGGGAUUCCAAAAAUUCAAGGUAGAGAGAAUGUCCAUUUUGUCUGCGACGGAGACGAUAUAUGUGCAAUCUGUGGUGAACCAAAUUGUGACAACCACGAUGACGAACAGGAUGAGGAAAUGAUUGACGAAAUGGAAGAAGAUGAAGAUAACUUUGGAAGUGACGAACAAGAUGAGGAGCAAGAAGAAGAAGAAGAUGAUGAUGAUGAUGAAGAGGAGGAGAAGGAAAAAGAGGGAAAACAAGAUGUUGAAGAUGAAGGCGAUCUCGCUAGCUCUUCCGAUUCUGAUGAAAAUGACGGAAAUAAUGAUAGCCACGAACAUGAUGAGCAUCCUAGUGACCAAGAGUCUGAUACUGAGGAAAUUCCUGAAAUAUCCGAAAUUACUAUGGACUAUAUAAAAGGUAUGGAAGAGGAACUUGAAAACGACCAAGAUUCAGAGGCGGAAACAGCGAAAAGUGAUGAGGAAGUCUCUACCUUAUCAUUGAGUGAAGGUGAAGAUGCUGACACUACUGAAGCUAUGCAAAAUCCUCAAAUGGGCCAUUCAAUGUCCGCAGAAGAAGAAUUAGCUGCCCAACUCUCAGAUAGUUCACAAUGUUGUGAUAUUGUAUUAACAAGCCCACCGAUGGAGAAAUACAGCAACGAAUUAUUUAAUACGUACGGUAACACUUUAUCUAAUCCAUAUUUAUUGCAACGAUAUGGUUUUGUAAACGACUUUAAAGAACCAAAUGUCAACGACUCAUGUAUUCUAUCAGUUCAGAUGUUUUCAUACUUGAAGAAUUAUAGACAGAAGAAUUCAGGUAUUAAGGUUAAACAGCAUGACACAAAAUUAAAAUGGUAUGAAGAAGUUGGGUUCGAUAUAGUGAAUGAUUUAGUAAAUGAAUACAAAACCAAUCAUCAAAAUGAAGAUAAUCAUGAACAUCAUGAGCAUGAGGAGGGCCAUGGAUGCUGUGAUGAAGAAGAAGAGGAUAUGGCUGAUAAUGCUACUCCAGAAACCUGGCAAUUAUCUCCAGUUGUUAGAUACGAUGGCUCAUUAUCUCCUCAAACAUAUGCAUUACUUAACAUUUUCCUAAUGCCGUAUAAAGUAUUUCAAGCAAAAUUAGUUGGCUGUGAAAGUAGCAGAAAGUUAUGUAAAAGAAUAUUCCAUUUACUUCUUCCAUUUGAGAAUACUUCUCAUCAUAAAGAAAUUCAUCAAAUAAUUAAAGCUUGGUGCCAAAAUCGUUUAUCGAGAUAUAAUGACUAUACUAGCAUGAAGGCUUCUACAAAAAUCAGAGAGGAUAUCAUCCGUAACUUAAUUAGGCAAGAACAAUGUGUCUUGCAAAAAGUGAUAAAUCAAUUAUCAUCAUCAUAA